AUAUUUUCUACUCCGUCUCUCUGUUACCGUACUCCCUAGUAUUUUACAGUUUUUUGACUAGUAUUUAUCUUCACGUACUCCUCAUUCCGCUUCUCCUCUUUCUCUCUCUUCAGUUUUCUUCGUCGUCUUCAACAGAUCCUUUCGAUCGUCUUCGUUCGGAUCUUCGAUUAUCGACUUAGUUCGUUUUUUAUCCAUUAAACCCUAAAAAAAAGAGGAAAAAAAAAUAUUCUAUCAAAAAACCCAAAAAAAGUAUCGAUUUAUCAAAAAUCCUAUCAAUCAAUCAGUGUUAUUAUUAAUUUCUGGUGUGAUUCGAUCUAUCUUUUUAAGGUUUUCGUUUGGAAGAGAGAGAAGCAAAAAGAAAAUACAAAAAAAAAAUUGGAAAAAGAUCACAAAAAUCAUAACAAAAAAAAAGAGGUUUUCGUUGAUUUGAUGGCUCAAGUUCAAGCACAACCUCAACCUCCACUUUCUGGACCGAAUGGAGUGGCUAAUGCUGCUGCUGCUGCUGCUGGUGGAAAUCAGUUUGGGUCAACAUCUUUGUAUGUUGGUGACCUUGAUUUCAGUGUGACGGAUUCUCAGCUUUAUGAUAUGUUUAGUCAAAUUGGAACAGUCGUAUCUGUUAGGGUUUGCAGGGAUUUGAGUACUCGAAGAUCGUUAGGAUACGGCUAUGUUAAUUAUGCAUCCCUCCAAGAAGCUGCAAGGGCAUUGGAUGUGCUUAACUUCACUCCUCUCAAUGGGAAGCCCAUUAGGAUCAUGUAUUCUCAUCGCGAUCCAAGCAUCCGUAAGAGUGGGACAGCUAAUAUAUUCAUCAAGAAUCUUGACAAGGCUAUUGACCACAAAGCACUGCAUGAUACAUUUUCUACAUUUGGGAAUAUUCUCUCUUGCAAGAUAGCUACAGAUGGUUCUGGCCAGUCAAAGGGAUAUGGGUUUGUGCAAUAUGACAAAGAGGAAUCUGCCCAGGAAGCCAUAGAUAAGCUGAAUGGGAUGCUCUUGAAUGAUAAACCUGUCUUUGUUGGACCAUUUCUUCGCAAGCAAGAAAGAGAUUCUGCUACUAGCAAGACAAAGUUCAACAACGUCUUUGUGAAAAAUCUUGCAGAGUCUACGACCGAUGACGAGCUGAAGGAGAUCUUUGGUGAAUAUGGACCCAUUACUAGUGCUGUAGUGAUGAGGGAUGGUGACGGUAAAUCCAAAUGUUUUGGGUUUGUUAACUUUGAGAACCCUGAGGAUGCCGCUAAUGCUGUUGAUGCUCUUAAUGGGCGAAAAGCUGAUGACAAAGAGUGGUAUGUCGGGAAAGCUCAGAAGAAAUCGGAAAGAGAGGUUGAGCUGAAAGGGAGGUUCGACCAGACUACGAAGGAAACAGUAGAUAAGUUUCAAGGGGUUAACUUGUAUGUGAAGAAUUUGGAUGAUAGCGUUGAUGAUGAUAAACUGAAGGAGUUGUUCGCAGAAUUUGGCACUAUUACGUCAUGCAAGGUUAUGCGGGACCCUUGUGGAAUUAGUAGGGGCUCAGGUUUUGUUGCUUUCUCAACUUCUGAAGAAGCCAAUCGAGCACUUACUGAGAUGAAUGGCAAAAUGGUUGCUAGCAAGCCACUUUAUGUGGCACUUGCGCAACGGAAGGAAGAUCGAAGGGCAAGACUACAGGCACAGUUUUCCCAGAUGCGCCCAGUUGCUAUGCCACCUAAUGUUGCCCCUCGUAUGCCGAUGUAUCCUCCUGGUGGCCCUGGUCUUGGCCAACAAAUUUUUUACGGUCAAGGCCCUCCUGCUAUGAUUCCUCCUCAGCCUGGGUAUGGGUAUCAGCAGCAGCUAGUUCCUGGUAUGAGGCCUGGUGGACCACCAAUGCCAAAUUUCUUUGUGCCUAUGGUCCCUCAGGGCCAGCAGGGUCAAAGACAAGGGGGAAGGCGUGCUGGAGCAGGUCCAGUGCAACCAAACCAGCAACCUGUUCCUAUGAUGCAGCAACAGCAGAUGAUGCCAAGGGGACGUAUGUACCGUUACCCACCUGGUGGUCGUAACAUGCCCGAGGUUCCAAUGCCAGGGGUUGCUGGGGGUAUGCUUUCAGUUCCUUAUGAUAUGAGUGGCAUGCCGCUACGUGAUGCUUCCAUGGCUCAGCCUAUCCCUAUCGGUGCUUUGGCUUCUGCUCUUGCAAAUGCAACACCUGAUCAUCAAAGAACGAUGCUGGGUGAAAAUUUGUAUCCCCUGGUGGAUCAGCUUGAGCAUGAAAUGGCAGCCAAGGUGACCGGCAUGCUUCUGGAGAUGGACCAGACUGAGGUUUUGCACUUGCUCGAGUCUCCGGAAGCCUUAAAAGCAAAAGUUGCAGAAGCAAUGGAGGUUUUGAGGAAUGUUGCUCAGCAGCAGGCACAACAGCAGACGAGCAAUCCUGCUGAUCAACUUGCAGCCCUUUCAUUGAACGAAACCAUCGGUUGAUGGAACCGUGUCGGCUUGGUCUGUCCUUGUAUUGAGGAGAAGCUUUAUGGUGAUAACUUUGAACUACUAGUUUUUAGGUUUGUGGUUUUGAUACAAUUUUAGUUGAGUUGAGUUGCUUUGGUAGUGUGGAAGAUAGUGAGCAAAACUUAUUGGCCAUUUUCUUUUAUUGUUUCAGUAAUCGAAGUAGUAGGAUCUUUGGAGUUUGCGACAUAUACUAUCAUCUAUGUUUGGUUUUGCUAGUAUGUUCAGACUCGUUGGUGCAUGCUUGGUAUAUUUUUACCACGAUAGAGCAACCAUUUUGCAGGUUC